AUGAGAGAUCACAAUGCUGUAUUUAAAGCUGCCUUUGCGCAACAUGUAGAAAUGGUCAGCAGCUUUACAAGGGCUCAGUCGACUGCAUUCAGCCGGGCCCUUGAAUUUGCUAAACGUGAAGGUGUCGAUUACCUUGAAAUCGAAGGAAAUCAUCCGUUUGUGUUUCGGAUGAUGUGGGGCGACGUCACCAGAACUAGCUCUAUGAUCAGGGGCUUGUUAAUAAACGCAGAUGUGAUUUAA